AUGAGCCGCUGUAUCCAGCGGGUGCUACUUCGGUCAUCACGAUGGCAGCUUCCGACUAGACUCGAGAUCACUUCUAAGAGGUGCCAUCUUGCACCACCAGCCAAGACAUAUAGCACCUCCUCAGGCAUCCCUUCCACCACCUACCCCAGCGUCUUUUCCGGCAUCCAACCGACUGGCGUACCUCACCUGGGCAACUAUCUCGGUGCCCUCCGUCAAUGGGUCGACCUGCAAUCCCAGGCCCUAACCAACCCAACUCAUGACCCCUCUUCCCUCAUCUUCAGCAUCGUCGACCUCCACGCCCUGACCGGUCACCGGUCUUCCGCCCUCCUCGCACAACACCGCAAGGAAUCCUUCGUCUCCCUGCUCGCCAUCGGCCUCACCCCUCAACACAGCACCCUCUUCCUACAAUCCGAUGUCCCACACCACGCCUCUCUGCACUGGAUCCUCAGCACCGUCGCCUCAACCGGCUACCUCAACCGCAUGACGCAGUGGAAAUCCAAACUCUCACUCCCCGACACCGCGACCCUGACCGACAGCACCGCCAUCGAGAAGCUGCGCCUGGGCCUCUUCUCCUACCCGGUCCUGCAGGCGGCCGACAUCCUCCUCUACCGCCCGGCCGUGGUGCCCGUCGGCGAAGAUCAGGCGCAGCACAUCGAAUUUGCACGCACACUCGCGCGCAGCUUCAACUCCGCGUACUGUGAGGAUGGCGAGCCGCUGUUCACGCCACCCGAAGUGCAAAUCAGCGAGGCGCGCCGCAUCAUGAGCCUGAGGCGCCCCGCGCAGAAGAUGAGCAAGAGUGAUGUGGAUCCGAAGUCGAGGAUCCUCAUCACGGACAGCGCGGAGGAGAUCCACGCCAAGGUAAAGGGCGCGGUGACGGAUAGCGAGGAGGGCAUCAGCUAUGAGCCUGCACGGAGGCCCGGCGUGGCGAAUCUGCUGGAUAUAUUGCGGUUCGUGAAGCGGGAUGAGCGGGCGCCAGAGAUGUUGGCGGGCGAGGUGCAGUGUUUGUCGAAGAAGGAUUUCAAGGUGUUGGUGGCGGAUGCGGUGGUAGAGGAGUUGGCGCCCGUGCGGGACCGGUAUCUACAACUAAUGGCUGAGGGGAACGCGGAGGUGAAGGAGGCAUAUGAAGGGGGCUUGGAGCGAGCCACGAGGAAGGCGGAGGAGACAAUGAAAUUGGUCAAGGAGAGGCUGGGCCUGGUUGAAUGGAGAUGA